CUCCACUCAUUCGUGUCGCGACGCGUCAACCCACCGGCCGGCUUCCUCAUUCGCACCGCGCUCGCUCGCCGUACCGCUCGACCCACAAUCCACCGCAGACAUGACGGAGAGCACAGAAACCCCCGCGGCCGCAGCGCCCGAGAAGACCCCUACCGAGAACGGCACCACCGAAACGCCCCCGGAAGAGACCCCCGAAAAGGCCACCGAGGAAAAAGAAAAGGAGACCCCGCCGCCCAAAGAGAUGCGCGCAGUCGUACUCACCGGCUUCGGGGGUCUCAAAACUGUUAAGAUUUUGAAGAAGCCCGAGCCAACACUAGCGGAGGGAGAGGUGCUCAUUCGCGUCAAAGCAUGCGGUCUCAACUUCCAAGACUUGAUCGUGCGGCAGGGAGCCAUCGACUCUCCCCCCAAGACCCCCUUCAUCCUCGGCUUUGAAUGCGCUGGAGAGAUCGAGCAGGUUGGCGAAGGUGUCACCAAUUUCAAGGUUGGAGACCAAGUGGUCGCCCUACCCGAGUACCGCGCUUGGGCGGAGCUGGCCGCCGUGCCUGCGCAGUAUGUCUACGCCUUGCCCGAGGGCAUGUCAGCUCUGGACGCCGUGGCGAUCACCACCAACUAUGUGGUGGCCUAUCUGCUGCUCUUCGAGAUGGCGAACCUGACGCCCGGCAAGAGCCUCCUCGUGCACUCCGCUGGAGGUGGUGUGGGUCAAGCCGUGGCCCAGCUGUCGAAGACUGUGGAGAACGUGACGGUAUUCGGCGUGUGCUCCAAGAGCAAGCAUGAGGCGCUCAAAGCCAACAACAACAACAUCGAUCACUUGCUCGAGAGAGGCAGCGACUAUACCAGCGAAGUUAGGAAGGUUACUCCAGAUGGCGUGGAUAUCGUCCUUGAUUGUCUGUGCGGCGAAGAAUGCAACCGUGGUUACUCUCUCCUCAAACCUAUGGGACGGUACAUCCUCUAUGGAUCAUCUAACAUCGUGACCGGCGAGACCAAGAGCUUCUUCAGCGCGGCGCGUGCUUGGUGGCAAGUGGACAAGGUGUCACCCAUCAAGCUGUUCGACGAGAACAAGAGCCUGGCCGGCUUGAACCUACGGCACCUGCUGUUCCAACAUGGCCGCGCUGACACCGUGCGCCGCGCCGUCGAGCGCGUGUUCGCUUUGUGGCGCGAUGGCAAGGUCAAGCCCAUUGUUGACUCCACCUGGGCGCUGGAAGAUGUCGGCGAGGCAAUGCAGAAAAUGCACGAUCGCAAAAACAUUGGCAAGCUCGUGCUAGACCCGUCUCUGGAGCCCAAGCCGAAGCCCGCAACACCCGCCAAGGGUAAAGCCGGAAAAGAGAAGAAGCCGGCCAAAGAGAGCUCCGAAGAGAAGAAAGAUAAAGAGACGAAAGACGAAGAGAAGAAGAUGGAGAAUGGGGACAAGAAUGGUGAGGAGGUCACUAACGGUAGCGACGAAGAGUCGAAAGAAAAGGAGAAGGAAAAGGAAUCUAGCUGAAUUUUCUCGCCAGAGGACAGGACCAGACAAACCACCGCCAACUGAUUUAUUAUUUUAGAGUUGAAGCUGCUCGUUUUGACGGCCGCCUUGUGCUUACACCGGCGUAUCACUGUGUUGCCUCGUGUUUAUGUUUAAAUAAAUAAAAAAAAAUAUUAAAAUAUAAGUCUGAGUACGGCACUGUCCGAUCCCGAACACCCUCUAUAAUGUUAUUAAAUAAUUUAACAAUCGGUUCGGACAUUCUCGUACCUCCUUUCUUGAUUAAGUUUUAGUUUUACGUUUAUCAUCACAUUUUUAUUUUUAUAUUAAUUUUUACAAGACGACAUUCUACAAAAAAUGCAAUGAAUUUUAAUAAUUAUAAUAUUACCUACAUUUUAUUUAAUUUUUUUUUUAAUCUGGCCUAUGUUCGUUCGUGAACUUUCGAGUCUUUAUAGUUUAAUGUUUAAGACUUUAUUUUUAGAAUGAGAUAUUUUAGUCUGCAGUUAUUAUGGCUAUUGUAUAUCUAAGGUGCAGAGAUGCUUAAUCUUUAUGUAUGUUAAGCUUUAAUAUUUUAUUAGUAAAUGUUUAAAAAUUUGGCCCUGGAGACCCAGCCCCGCCCCCGAGCCGCGGGCCCAUUCAUUCACUCACCAACUCACUCGCAUCUCGGAAAUACAAACGAAUGAUAAUGAAACCUUAUGUGUGAUAUUUUGUAUUAGGUAUGCUAGAUUUUUUGCGGUAUUUUUACGCUGCCAUGACAUUAUUUUUUUUAAUACGAUUGAGGGUUUUAUGAUAAUAUUUUUAUACUCAGGAGUUUUGUAAAUUAUUUCCUGGAUAAGAAGUAGAAAUUAUCAAAUAAUGAUUUAUAGCUGUAUUGGUUCUUCAAUAGGUUCUAAAACUGUAGUCCGGCGAGCUCGAUUAGUCGAUAUUUCAAACAACGAGUUCAUGAAUUGCAAUAUAUAUUUUGUGGCUGUCAAAAACUACUAUGAAACAUAACGUAAUUAACGACAUCUACUAUGUAAGUUAUAUUUUUAUAGACGAUGAUGUCGAAAAGAGAUCUCUUAUAAAGUAUAAAGCUUUUUAUGUAUCUUUACACAAAUAUCACAUAUCUAAACAUAAAACACUUACACACAAUGUAUAUUAGAGAUAACGUUUUGAUAAAAGUAUUCACUCCAUUUCUUUUGUAUACCUAGCAUAUACUGAAAGUACCUAUUCCUGGUUUUCGUAAGGUUGUAAGUAAUGUUAACCGCCAUAUAAUGUACAGUAUGGUUAUAGAUGUAUGUACCCAGUACUAAUAUACUUUUUAUCUGUAUAACAUAUCAAACGCAUGUAAAAUUUAUAUCUGAAAGGCUGAGGUAGUCCGGCGAACCCGGAAUAAAAUGAGGCUAUACUUACUAUAGUUCCCAGUCCUACAUAUACCGACUGCUCAAUGACGACCCUGCCAGGCGUUGACGCAACCUAUGUUCGACUUCAAAAGUUGACCGACACACGUAGAAUUUUUAUAAAGUUUUACCCCUUUUGAAACAUUUUUCGCACGAGCAUAAUUUGCGUGAGCGCAUGUUUUAGUGUUAUCUUCGUAUCACUGAAAGUAUUUAGUCCAGAGCGAAAGCAUUUGACACCGUUUGCCGUUGGUUGUGAGCUCGUAAGCACCGAGAGACCAGACUGCAUCCGACCCAGAUUGAAAUUAUAUAGCUUUUAUAUAUUCGAUGUUCGCGGGGCGACACCGCGCCGCUCCGCAUCGCUUGUCGUACGUGGCUUGGUGCUAGUUUCGUAUUGUACGCGGAUACAUCUGCUUCAGUGUCUCGGACCAAUAUCUUAAAGCUACUUAGUCUUCUUACCAGUAAUCUUUGUCGCUUUAUGUGUCAAAUAUGUGCGAAUUUCUUAAUGUUAACGUAUUGUAUUAUUAAUUAAAAAAUCUUGUGUAUAUCGACCUGUAUAAUGGUUAAGAUUUAUCUGAAUUUUUCUUCUAUAAGGUUAACUGAUGAAAUCCAAUAGUGACGAUGUGCGUGAGCUGGGGCGACUGCGCCGUUUGCGAUUGUGUCCAAAUUGUUGUAGGUUAUAGUAUCGAAUUUGAUGCCAAUAUUUAUUGUCGGGAUGAGCCAUACGGCAGCGGUGGAGCCUGCGCCGUCGCGCCAGCUACGCGACCGACUGGGUCGUUAAUGUAUUACACAUUUAUUUUUGUAAGGGCGGGCCAGUGUGAUAUCUAUACUAUGAAAUGGAUAAAUAAAUAUGUAUGAUCUGUAAAAAUGCUUAAA